AUGUUAAGUGAAGCACGACAAUCAGCACGGUCUCCGUCGGAAUCAUCAGUUCAAACUGGAUCAGUACGCGCAGGAUCGACACGCACAGGAUCCGUACGUACAGGACCAACAACUGGUAUAAGCGGACGAUUAUCUCAUCGUUCAUCGAUCACUGAAGAAAGCGAACAGUCUAGCAAAGUUCCACCAGCACCUCCUCUUCCAGCAACUCUACGUUCGCCCGCAAAGUCACCUAUAAAAUCUCCUACACCAUCGUCAGAAUCAGGAACAGCAUCAGAAUCAGCAUCAGCUGCUAGUAGUUCUCCUAUUCAAUCAGUUGCCAGACCAACUAUUAGUAGUUCAAGUGGAACAAAAGCAACUAAUCAAUCAAAUUUUCAAAAGCCUGCUUUACGUCGUGUACCGUCACAAGAAAAAAAUAAUUACAGUAGACAAAUAAGUAAUCGAACAACACAAGCAUCUGAACCGAAACAAAUGGCAACUAGAGCUUUAAAUCGAGUUAGUGCACGUGAUUUGAUACAUGAUAAAUCACCAACAACAUAUACAUCACAACUACGAAGCGGAAAAACAAAUCAAAGUAUUUUCGAAAAAGUCGAUACGCAUGAUGGGCAUACUACAUAUUUGGGCGCUGGUAAAUAUUUCCAAUUAGAAAAUUGUAUACGCGAUUGCUUAUCAAAAAAUCGAUGUCAUAUAGCUAUGACACAUCAUACACCAAAACAUCGUUGUUCAUAUAAAGGCUUAACACGUGCUUCUGUACUCGAUGAUUAUAGUUAUGAAGGAAUAACAUCACCAAAAUAUCAAACAGCUCUUUCAAAUAAUUGUCAUCGUCAUCAUUUUGAUAAUGAUCAUUGCUCUAAACAUCAUAAAUAUAUCGAUUACGUUUCUUGUUCCGAUCAUGAUGAUACCGAUUAUCAUCAUUGUUCCGAUCAUCAUCAUCAUGAUCAUCAUAAUCAUAACCAUAAUCAUGAUCAUCAUAAUCAUAAUCAUCAUCAAUGCCAUCGUCAUCAUGGCAUUCAUCCAAAAUCUGCUGCUGAAUUAUCUCUUAGUGAAAUUCGUCAAGUUAAUGAUGCUCUUGCUCAAUAUGGUGUCCCCGUGCUUUCACAUCAUUCAAAUCCUCAUCAUCCAUAUCCUUAUCAUCCACAUCAGCAACCACAUUCUGUUGGCGAAGUUGUUUCGGCAUGUCGACUUCUUCUUGAAGACCCAAAAAUUGCAUCACUUGCAUCACAUACAAAUGAUAAUCAUUCUGUACAACAUGUUUGGGAUGCUAUACAACAUCAUUCUCCGACUACAAAUAAUCAUGGUUAUGCAUCACCAGCUGUACGUGGUGUUGCAUCACAUCUUUUCAAUCCUUCUCAUCAAACUCCAUACGACCCUGUUCAUGGUGUUGCAUCGCAUCUUUUCGGUCAACCUCAACAAAAUUCAUACAAUCCUGGUCAGGGUGCUGCAUCGAAUCUUUUCGGUCAACCUCAACAAAAUUCAUACAAUCCUGUCCAGGGUGCUGCAUCGAAUCUUUUCGGUCAACCUCAACAAAAUUCAAACAAUUCUGGUCAAAGUGUGUUAUCAAAAUUAUUUUCUGGUGGACAAACACAACAUUUUACAGCAUCACCAUUCAGCAGUUCAUUUAAUCAAUAUCCCGGCAACAAUCAUCAUGUACCCCGUUCAACAACUUCUGCAUCUCAUAUAAUAUCAGAUAAUCCAGCAGAACAUAUUAAAGAUACUAUUGUUAAGAACUAUAUAAUUAAUAAAACAAAAAAUUAUUAUAUAAAAAGAAAUUUAUUACAAAAACCUAUACCACAUAAUCAGAAAAUUCAAACAUUUUCUAAACCAAUAACUGCGACAAUUGAAAAACAAACAGAUGAUCCUCAUUGGAAGAAUGAGAAUCCAUUAUUAUUUCGCCGAAAUAUAAAAAAUGAACAACAAUCGAAAAUACAACAAGAUAAUCCUAUUUCAUCUAAUCUGAAUAAAAAAUUAGCAAUAAAACAUCAUUCGAAAUUAUCUAAUGAUAUGAUUAGUUUUACCACAAGUGAAAUGAGUGGACAUGAUUCUGAAACAAUUUAUGGAACUAUUCCUGUAUUUAUACCAAAACAACAAUUACCAUUACAAGAGGAUGAUGAAUAUAAAACAACAGGUAUAGAUGAAGUUGAAUUUAAAAUUGAAGAUCUUGUUCGUUUACAAAAGACACAUAAUGCAUACGGCGAUAUAUUACUACCAACAACUGUGGCACGUAAAUCUACUCGAUCAUUAUCUUCAACGAAUGUAUAA